GGAGAACCCCCUUUAGAUGAGCUGCAUUCACCAGAGAUGAGUGCUCAGGCCCUGGAUCGAGAUGACAGUGACAGCUCCUCUGCAGCCUCAGGGCUGGACUCCACAGGCUCUCCCAACACGCACCUCCAAGCUGGAAUAACCCCCUCCAGCACCUGAUCCUCAAAAAAAAGCUCCUGUCCAUCUGGAGGAUGAUAGCCAGCCACAGGUUCAGCAGCCCGUUCCUGAAGCCAGUGUCAGAGAAACAAGCCCCUGGAUACAGGGAUGUGGUAAAGAGACCCAUGGAUUUAAGCAGCAUAAAGAGGAGGCUGUCAAAGGGACACAUUCAGUCCGUGAUGCAGUUCCAGUGUGACCUGAUGCUCAUGUUCCAGAACGCUGUCAUGUACAACAGCUCCGACCACCACGUGUUCCACGUGGCUGUGGAGAUGCAGCGAGAGGUCUUGGAGCAGCUGCAGGUCUUGGCUGAAGCCCUCCUGUUGUCCAGGGACAGGCUGGAGUGAGGCAGAAGGUAACCAGCCCUGCUUGAGGCCUCUCUCAGUUGGAGCAGCGAUGUCUCCGUGGGUCAGGGCAUCUCCUGAGCUCAGGGGAUGUGCUGCCAUGGCCUUGGGUAGACCUCAUUAUCCCCAGUGCUGGCUGCUGGGUUGAUGGGUUGAUUCAAAGCAGUUUUUGGGAGGCUACCAUGUUGGAAGCCUCCAUUCUUUCUGGGAAAAGCAGCGAUGUAGCCCCGCAGGAAGAAGAGUUCCCUGGGAUAAAAAGCAAGGGAGAGAAUCCUGUGUGUGGCCAGGUGGAUGAAGCGGGCACAGCCCGUGAGAGUGGCUGGCUGCACACCGGGCACGGCAGCGUUCCCGUGUUCAGGUUGUUGUGAUGUUGUGUUGGCUCGGGUGGGUCCAGCGUUACCGGCACUGACCACACCCAAUAAAGGCCCGUGUUGAAGCUUG